AUGCUUUUCCUCCCAGCUGCUGCUCUGUGCUGUCUGUGUUCAGCGCUGGUUGCCAUGGCAGCACAGCUGAUUCAGGAUGAUUUAACAUUGACCAGGAGAGCUGGUGGAAACGUUUCCUUCAGCUGUCGUGGAACUGACCAGUGUGGCGGUUUUUAUGUAUUCUGGUUCCAGAAGAAAGACACAGAAACAUUCACAAGGAUUCUUGGUAUUAGCAGGACGAAUGGUCAAUUAGAUAUAAGUUACAAUCACCCUCAGAAAGAUGAUUUCUCAGCUGUACAUAACCCGAACGGCUGUGAGUUGCAGAUCCAGACAGUUCAACUCUCACAUUCAGCCACCUACUACUGUAACUGUUGGCUAAAAGAGUGGUACGACAUCUUUGGCUCUGGCACUAAACUGUUUGUAGAUGAGCAGGUAGUGAAGCCUGUGGUGAGCGUGUACCCAGCAGCAUCCAGAGCCCACCUGGAGGGGAAGAGCUCCCUGCUGUGUCUGGCCUCAGCCAUGUCUCCUCCUCUGGUCCAGUUCAUCUGGAAAAGACAGAAGAAGAACGGCCCGCUGGAGGUUCUGACCCCUGCUGAGUUUGAGCAGCUGGAGCUCAGAGAGCCGGGACGCAGCGCCUCCAUCCUGCUGCUCCAUCAGCAACAGAACAGCACAUAUAAAUACCGCUGCUACGUCAAGCACGAGGGGGGCACAGUGGAGGCCCAAACAGGUAAUGAAGGCUUGGUGACUGUGUUCAGCAGUGAUUCAGCUUCAUCUGGAGACACUGUCAGAGAGAGCAGAGGAACAGAGCCUGAUCUAAUUCCACCAGCUCCACCACUUCCUGUCCCGUCUCAGUACCAGGUGCUGCUGCUCUGUGUGCUGUACACAGUGCUGAUAGUGAAGAGUCUGGUGUACUGCUGUGGACUCUCUCUGCUGAUGAUCCUCAGAAACAAGGGACCGUCCACCAACUGCACACAUGCCUACUGACUGUUUCCUGCUCGCCUUUUCUCACCAUCACAUCUCAUCAAUUCAUCUCAUUC